AUGCCACUCAUACGGAAAGACCGUUCACACCUCCUUCUCAUGGUGCCUCCGGCUUUGAGGAAACAACCACUAGGACAGGAGACCGUGGGACCUUUUCCUCUUGGUGUAGGUCCAGGUGGAAGGAGUCGAGCUUGGAAGAGAUGGAAUGAACUUGGGUUGGGUGGUAAAAUAUGGCGAACAACCCAACAAACAGGAAACAUAACUGUCAUCGCCCUAGGUUUCGGACUGUUCGCCAUCCUCGCUUUCGCCCUUACCACUGAACUAUUCGCCAAAAAUUCACCAAGCGUGUUAUAUUCUCAAGCUGUAGAUUUGAUCAGAGCGUCCAAUGCUCUCAACCCUCAUCUUCUUCCCCCACUCACAUUCACCCACUCACCUCAAUCAUCCGCUCCCGUCCGAGGCUCCCCACCUCUGGCUCAUCGUAUAAUCCGACAUCCUCAUUCAGGUAGAGAUCAUCUUCUCCUCACUUUUUUCGUGCAUGGUAGAGGUAAAGAUGAACCUGAGACUCUUGGAUGGGCAAGAAGGUGGUACGCCUUAGCUGAAGGAUAUGCCCGUCAAGCUGCUCUUAAUUUAGGUAUCGUGAACUCUCCAGAAGAAGAGAAAGAAAUAUUACCAGAGAUAAAAACUGUACCUGAGAAAGGUUUGAAUCUGGGGAAUAUGUUUGGGGGAUUGAGUUUAAAACCCGUCAAAGUGGAAAGACGACAGAAGGGGACGGUACCUCCUGGUACGUAUAAGAUUGGGGAGGUUCGAGCGGAUUAUGUCAAGAACGCUUCUGGACAAUUCACUUUACUCUCACUUGUCAUCGACAUACCUUCUUCCCGUGCUACCCAUCCCAGUCGAGCGGUGGUAUUUUGGUCACCGGAAGCGGACACUGAAGGUCUACUCGGACGAAGAGCAUGA